CAGACUGAGUGGCGUCUCGUUGCAAAGCUGCCGCCGCACGUGUAUUUCUCUCAAAUCCCACACAAAACCGAACCAAACGCACAAAAAAUCAAUCAUAUCGUAACGAUUUUCUAAAAAUUUUGUGUUCUCCGCCUUUUCUCUGUGACCAGGAAAAAAAUUACAAGUGUAGUGUUGGUAAUUAUAAGUUUGUGUCGGGAAGUAAUUUAACUUUUUCAUCUGAUCUGUGAGAAGAAACGCAAUUUUCGAGCACUUGAUACGAAAAAGACAGUUUUUUAGCAACGAAACUUAACACUAAUUAGGACGAGAUAAGAAUAAUUGAAUUUUUGACGAGUUCCAUUAAGAUGUGUGUCGAGGUCGCGCCGGAAAAACCCGUCGUCAAGUGAAGAAAAUCGAAUAUUUUCAUCAUGAACCGAGACGAGGUUCAUCUUCGCGAUCGUCUGUUACUUCUCGCGGAAUGUUCGAAUCCGCACAAACCGUUCAACGUGAAACGGAAAACGACACUUACGAAACAGGGUUCGAAAAGUGGACCGAAAUUAAGCGUCCAGGAUUUCGUGAGGAUGGAUCCUGGAUAUACGCCGGAUAUCGAGCACCUGGUCUUCCCCGCGAGAAAAAGAAAUCCACAACAGGUGGCACCGAUUAGUACGACGGGGAAGGCCAGGAGUAGAUUGGCGGAAAUGUUUGCGUUGAGCAGGCAUCUGCAGCAGAGGAGCACGGAUAGGGACACGAAAACGAGGAAUCCCACGGUCAAUAGAAGUAUCGAUAGCGCCAGUGCACCGCCUCGGCCUUCCGACUCUCGAAGGUGGGUGUCCGGUUCAGAAGAACCGGUCAGAGGCAAUUCCAAUACCAGGAUCAGUCCAGUCGCGGAGUCCGACAUGGCCGCUGCGAGAGGUCCCAACGUCUCCGUGCUGCACCUUCGUAGCACAUCGGAGCCUUGGGAAGCAAACCCGCUUUACACCACACCAAAAUCAACCAAAACCGUACCGACUUUAACCAAACAUCAAUCUCUCGGGGGGUAUAAAUGGAGCAAUUCAUCGAAUUUUCAUUCUGUUAGUGAGGUUAAUAAUUUCAAUAGUGUGAAUCGGGAGUUGUCACCGGUGCGGUGGUGUGACCGGGAGGUCGAUGGGGUGUAUUUGGGACGAUCUGGGUGGGUGCAAGUCCAGCAACGGUCACUAGAUGAGAAUAGAAGGGUCUACCAACCACCACGAAGAACCGGAAUUAAAUUAUCGGAUUAUCACUUUAAUAGUGAGCCUGGUGAAGUCACACGUCCGGCUCAUCUAUCACUCAACGACCGGAAGAAAACUCCAUCACCGCAACCGGAAAAUUUUUCACCACCUCCUAUCACUCCUAUUAUCUCCCCACCGCCGGCUUUUCAAGACAAAAACAAAAAAGGGGUCACUCAAACGAAGACUUUCUUCGGGAAAACUCCUUUUCUUCCAAGGUUAAACGCAGUAGAUAGUGACGAGAUAAGUCCACCACCGACACCAAAAGCUGUCAAAAUCAAGUCAAUGUCAAUGCCGUCUCAAAUCCGGAAAGUCAAUCUCGGAUCCGGAAGAAUCCCACAAACGAAAAGUAUGGAAGAUACAACUGCAGCUCGAAGAUUACUCUUCGUACAAAGACACGAAUCUUCAUCGUCAUCGUCAUCGUCAAUGGGUUUUCGGAGUCUUGACAGUUGUGUCAAUCGACCAACAAUGCCUCGAUUGUCCGAAAACACCGAUUCUUCAAUCGACGUUUAUGAGGAUGCAGAUGAAGAAGACAAUAACAGUUCUUCCAUUAAUAUCAGUAUGGUCAAUAUAAACAUACCAAAGGAGAAAAUUUCCCCUUCAACUCGACCAAAUCGUCUCCAGUACUAUCGAAGUCAACUCCGGAAAACACCAACAGUGACCGAAAGUACCAAACCACCAAAUUGUGUCUCCCCUGGAUCGUCAUCAAGUAGCAGUAAUGAGUUUCUCUCAAGGUCACCACUCGGUUCGUCACAACAAUUAAGAAGAGUUACACCUACUCGCCAGUACCAACCUAAACUGCCCCAACAAGAGGAACAAAGAGUUCGAAGGUCACGAAGUCUUCAAUUACCCGACAAGAAAGUAACACAGAAUUACCCUCUAAGGGUUUCCCCCCAACACCCCGAGAUUAUCCCCCAUCGUCCUAACAUCAAAAUGGGUACUCAAGUCAAACGUCACAAUAAAGUUGAAAGUACCCUCACUGAAGAAGACUUGAGACGCGAAGCCGAAAUCGUGAGUAACUUCCUCUAUGGUACCAGAACCCGGGCUGCGGCUCAAGCCCUCCUCAUGCAACGCUACAACAGCAUGACAAAAGAAGAUAAGGAAGUCCAAAAACCGGGUACUAACAGUGUUGGGGUUUACUUCGUGGGGAAGAAAGAACGUCCUAAGGUACUCCAUCGUGGUUCUACCACUCCUAAUUUGCCUCUCCCUCCCAAACACAUUUUCGGGCCACAGGAACCACCCAAGAACCCAUGCACGUCCGAUACGUGCGACUUUUGGCCUCAUUGCGCCCAUCGCGAGUCCAUAAUGCGUUCAUCUCAAAGUUAUCCCACGCAUCAGAAUAAACGGCCGGGGAAAGUACCCGAAAAGGGGAGUUUCGGUACUGUGAGUAGUUCGUCGAGUAGUAGUGACGUGUGGUUGACAACGUCGGAUCGUACCGUCGCGAAAAAAAGCUCCGGUGCGUCCACUCCGGAGGAUUUAUCGAGUGAUAAAAGACCGGGGAGUGCGCCCACGGAGGAACGAAGUAAUGGGUUUUUGGAGUCGCAGCAGAGGUCGAUGUCGUUGCCCAAGUCGUUUUUGAGCGUCAGUCAACAGCAAGGCGGCCAAUUUCCGUGGAGGAGACGCGGCACCGAAAGUCUGGGCUCCUCCCCCGGUUUGCCCCGGAAGUUGAUCACGCAAAGUAGCGAAACGUCGCAUACCGCUCCCGUGACGCCUCUACACGAAGGAAGUCGUCGGAGAUCCCCCUUGGGUGGCGUCGGGCGAAGGGCGAAAGCCUCGUCAACUCCACAACUGUUAGAAGCGCCAACUUCGGAAAACAGGAAAUGGAGCGAAAAUACAGAACAAACGAACGAAACCCGAGUCAAUACGCAGACCAAGGAACAGACUCCACGCAGGAAUUUACCCACUACGACAAGUACCGAAAGUGUCCUCCAAAAGUUCCGAAAAACCUUUUCUCUCCGUUUCCACCCGAAAAAAUCAUCGAAUCGAGACAGCUGUGACUUGGGCGAGGCUCUCUCCGAAAUGCUUGCUUCCGAAGAGGAGUCACAAACAAAAGACGAACCGUCGGAAUCCAAGAGCAGGUUUGGUCCUUUAAUUUGGCGUUCGAGUAAAGAAAGGAAAAAGUUGAAUAAAGCGGCACGAAAUGCGAAAUGCAACAGCGGCGAUAGCGGGAUUCAAAUCGAGAUGAUGCCGGGAUGUGGGGGCGCCGAUAGUUCCGAAUCGCACGACACCGAUCCACCUGGUGAUGAUUUGGAUAGUCCUCCGACUGUCAGAAGGAGGACUCUUGGAAAAACCGCUUCCAGACCUCAUUCCGACCUACUCAAUCAAAUACUCAUCGAUAAGUUUAAGUCUGAUUUAAAACAACGCUCCCACCGUCACAACCAAGUCCGUCGCACCCGUUCCGACCUCGGAGGUCAACGCCUCCUCCAGUGGGACUCCCGUUCCUCAUACAAACGUCUAAUGUCAACGACAAGUCCACUCCGGGGUCGUCCUCAAAGUCCCCGGAAAAAACCACCGGACGCACCCGGAGGCGUCCAAUUACGCAUCAAUCAUCGCCGAGGCCAAUUGCGACGCUCCUUAAGCCAACCCCUGGACAUCGACAAACUUUCGCCACUCAUGAGGACCAAAACAACCGGGUUAAAAAUAGGCGGUUCGCAUGUCGUAAGUGAGGAUGAGAGAGUUGUAACUUCUGAUGAUGAGGCCAUGUCCGAUUCGGAAUCCUCCAUUGCGAGUCUUAACGAACGUAAAAAAUCCCUCGAGUUGGCUAUGGACGAAGAAAUGGUGAUCCUCGCCGAAGCCGUCUUCGAUCAUGUCGCUUUUGAAUCAGAAGAAUUGGCUUUUCGCGCCGGUGACUUGAUUGAGGUUUUGGAGACGGCGAAUAGGGAGUGGUGGUGGGGCACCUGCGGGGGUAAGUCGGGGUGGUUCCCGGCGCAGUUUGUGCGUUUGAGGGUGAGUCAGGAGGACACCGUUGAGGAUUGCCUCGCUGCCAUGGCCUCAGGACACGGAAUUGCGACUCAGUUGCGACGCAGGACGAGCAUCUCCCUCCUGAGCAACGACCAAGUGCGAACCAGCGUCGUGAAGGAGUUGCUCAGGACGGAGAGGGAUUUCGUCAAGGUGUUGGAGGACGUCGCCGAAGGUUACAUUGCUGAGUGUCGCAAACGCAAAGAUAUGUUCACUGAUGAGCAAAUCGGUACCAUCUUCAUCAACCUGGAGGACAUCCUAGUGUUCCAAGCCAACUUUGUUAAAGACUUGGAGGGGCAAAUUGACUUUGAGGCUCCGUAUAAAAGCUGUGUUGGGGGGUGUUUCCUCAAGAACAGGGCCGGGUUUAAAAUGUAUUCUGAGUACUGUAAUAGCCACCCUACGGCCACAGCCGCCUUACAAGAACUCUACCAGUACCAACAUUACAGUAAAUUUUUCGAAGCUUGUCGUUUGAUGCGGGGGUUGAUUGAAAUACCCCUCGAUGGGUACCUCCUCACCCCCGUGCAACGCAUCUGCAAGUACCCCCUCCAACUCGCCGAACUCCUCAAGUACACCAGGCCUGAUCAUAAGGAUUACGAGGAUAUCAAAGAGGCGUUGGAUGCAAUGCGCGGUGUUGCCGUGUUGAUCAACGAACGGAAGAGGAGGAUGGAGAGUUUGGAGAAGUUGGUGGCGUGGCAACAACGCGUGGAGGGAUGGGAGGGUGAGGAUUUGAUUGAUUCAAGUACACAGUUGAUCCAUCAAGGGGAUGCGGUUAAGGUUACGACAGGGAUGUGGACCAAUAAUAUUACGUUGUUUCUCUUUGAUCAUCAAAUCGUCUACUGUAAAAAAGAUAUUUUGAAGAGGAAUACAUAUGUGUACAAGGGGAGGAUUUGUCUUGAUACGAGUGAAGUCAUCGAUGUGCCUGAUGGAAAAGACAACCAUUUGGGGGUGAGCGUCCGCCACGCCAUCAAACUCCACAGUUGCAUCCGUGACAAAUGGUUGCUCUUCUGCUGCCGUUCCUCAACCGACAAACAGCGAUGGUUGCAAGCCUUCGCCGAAGAGCGCAAACUCGUCGCCCAGGACAAAGACGACGGUUUGGAAUUCCCCCCAUCUGCAAAGCAACUCGCCAAACUCGCCGCCAGAUGUCAGCGUCGACCGCCGCGAAAACCUCGAGCUGGAAAAAGCUACAAACAUCCUCCACCAACAUACAUGGGAUCCUCCCUCCAACUCAACUCGAAUUCAUUGGGGAGGAAAGUGGGCACUUGGUUUACUUUCGGAGGACAUAAAAAAUCCCGCCAUCGUGACGUUUCCUGAGAUAAAACAACGUUGCUGUAACCCCGAAAGGUGGAAUUCCCGUUCUAGUGCCAAAAAGUGUGUUUUUUCUCCUCCAAUCGGGAUUUGGGGUUACAGUAACGCAUUUUAGAGAAUAAACCCCUAGUGAUAAAGGCUACUGCCGAUUGUGCUGUGCUAAAACGACGUGAACUCAAGGCCUAAAUGUACAUAUUUGAAAGGUCUCGUUUUUCCUAUUUUUUUUAAAUCCGACUGUCGCACAAAAUGCAUUGCGAUAUCUCCUCGCACAGGGUAUUAGAGCAGAAGAAUCGACGAUCGUAGAAAAAAUACUCUAUGGACCAAUUUUUGUUUGCAUGAUGCCCUUUGGUCACUACUCGUUGUUGAAACUUUUCACUUUAAUACCUUCGACCAUGAUGAUGAUGAAAAAAAACGAUUUUUUGAUAAAUACUUACCUAUCUGUAGAUAAUUUUAGACUGUGACAUAUAAUAAAGUAGUUGAAUGUAUAGUGUUGAUCAAUUCUUUUGUUUUCCACAUAUUUUUAUAACGCUUCACACUAAAAUUAAAAGAAAAAAUAAACGCAGUUGAGUUGAUGUAAAUGCACGAGUGUGCAAUUGUUAAAAUUUGUUAGUUAGAGACUCACGUUAUUGUUAAAUAUGUUUGAAUUUGAUGUAACAAUAAAAUAUUUUAUAUCA